AUGCCAUACACCAUAGGUGAUCGAAAAUUAAAAGUUACACUUGACUUGUCCAAAGAAGAUCAAAUUUUGAUCCUCGAAAACUCACAGGUUUUCAGAUAUUGCUUAAACAAAGCUGUUCUCAAGUAUCUCAUCAGCUUGAAAACGAUUGUGCAUUUAUAUGCCGAUGUGUUGACAAUAUACUCAACGUUGCUAAAAAAGAUUCCACAGUAUGAGGAUAUAACUGUUAUGACCAAUGACUGCAAGAAUAAUAUCCUACAGUUGGAGAACGAUUUCAAUGAUAUUUUGGGUAAGGAUACUUUACAAGAAUCAGAUCUUGAUAACAAUGGUGGUAAUUUCUCAAUGUCAAUAAACUUCCGACGAAUUGAGUUGGUGCCAUACGAACAGACCAUUAGACCAUCGGUCAAUUUAAUUUUGCAAUCAACUUUGUCAACAUUUGAGUUGAUUAAUAAAAUUCUCCACUGCAUUGAAGUAUUCUUCACAUCGCAUAGUAAUUUGAAAAAGUUAUUAGUUCCGUUUCUCAAGAUGGAUUGUAGUCGAGUACUACGGGCAAUUGAAUAUGGACAGAAUCUAUUUCAAACUUCUUUGAUUGUGGAUGAUAUACCAUUUGGAUUUGAUUCAUGGAUUUGGUUACAGUUGAUGAGGAUUGAAGACAUCACCAGCGAUAUUGAACGAGAGUCAGCAAAGCUCCAUGCCUCGUUUUGCAAAUUUGAAGGUUCAUUAAGGCAUUACACAGAUCUAUUAUUAGGAAAAGCGAUACUAAAACGUACCAUUGAAGAGGAAGACUGCUAUUUGAUAAAAAGAAGAGAGGUUUGUUAUCAAGCGUCAGAACACGUGGUCAGCAUCCCACUUUCAGAAGAAAGAACCUCCGACGAUAAUCCAAUGACGUCUUUUGGCAAAGCAUUGACGUAUAUUGUGAUGGUCUUGGUAGGUUUGGUUGCAAUCAUCCUUUAUAGAUUAAUUAGGGUCAUCACAGGUAGCUAG